AUGGAUGCGAAUUGGUUUAAUGCGCUUUUUGAUGACCAUUAUGAAAAUGUUAUGAAUAAUGUUGGUCGGUAUGUGUCUGGUGGGUUUGCUGGUACAAGUUCUGGAAGUGGUUUUGGAGGUAGUUUCGAUGCUGGUUAUGGGAACAAUAACGAGUUGCAGGACGACGACCAAAAUCAACAGGAUGAUAAUGACAGUGGCGAUUUAUUUUGGCAUAGAGAGUGUGAUCACACUAAAUUAGUCAUAUGCACUGCUGGAGCACUGGCUUUGUAUCACAAUGCGUAUGUUUAUAAAGAACCAUGUAUGGUUUCAUACAACACUGGAAUGCGAUGGUUGAUUGAAAUUUUAAAUGGGCCUUGGGUGCGUUGUGUGCACAUGUUUCGGAUGGAUGCAGACACAUUUAAGAGUUUGUCUCUUGAGUUGGAAACAAUGUACGGGUUGAAACAGUCUAGACGGAUGAGUGUUAUUGAGAAGGUAGGCAUGUUUCUCUACACUUUAGCUCUAGGCGCUUCGAACAGGGAAGUUCAAGAGAGGUUUCAACAUUCAGGUGAAACCGUGUCCAGAAAUUUCAACGAAGUUCUUCGUUCUGUGUCCGUGCUAGUUGCUGAUUUAAUCAGACCAGUAGAUCCAGAAUUCACAGCAACACCACUGGAAAUUGCAAUGAAUCCGAGAUACAUGCCCCAUUUCAAGAAUUGCAUUGGAGCGAUUGAUGGAACACAUGUACGUGCAUGUGUAUCACAAGAAAAUCAAAUCCCAUUUAUUGGUAGAAAAGGUGUACCGACGCAAAAUAUAAUGACAGCAUGUAGCUUUGACAUGCAAUUUACAUUUGUUUGGGCUGGGUGGGAAGGUAGUGCACAUGAUACAAGAAUAUUUUAUGAGGCGAUCGGAAAUACAAACAUACAAUUUCCGAGGCCACCGGAAGGGAAGUAUUAUCUCGUUGAUUCGGGAUAUCCGAAUAAGUACGGUUACUUGGGUCCAUAUAGAGGGGAGAGAUAUCAUCUUCCAGAAUUUCGUCGACGAGGACAACCGCGAAGUCGGGAGGAACUAUUCAACCGAGUCCAUUCAUCCUUACGAUGUGUAAUCGAACGUACAUUUGGAGUUUGGAAGAAAAGAUGGCGAAUCUUGCAAAACAUGCCUGAGUUUCCUUAUGAAUCACAAGUUAAAAUUGUUGUCGCAUCAAUGGCGAUGCAUAACUACAUUCGGCGGAAGUCGAGCCAAGAUGUUGCAUUCAACAAGUUUGAUAGUCAUCCAGAUUUUGUUCCUCCUGAUACUUUUCCCGAUGUCGUUACACAAUCACAACCACGAGGGCACCAAAGGGCGUCGCGUAUGGAUUUUAUUCGUGAUGGCAUUGCAAAUAGUUUGAUGGGACAAUGA